AUUCGGUUGAACGGUGGGGUUUGGGACGGGUGACGUGUCACUGUGGCGGGACUUUUGAAACGCGGGGUUGUGAGAAGGGACCUUUGGGUGGAACGCUCUGCCUCUGCGCAGCAUCCUUAGAACAGAAGCGACGGGGUCGUGUGAAGGCAGCCGGCCUGCCCGCACCUGGUGGCAUUUCUGUGAACACAGUUUAAGCGAGAGGAUGGCCAAACGGGACGCUGCAGAGUGAACGGCAGCGGUCUGAGUGCGAACCCUUUGGAAGCGAUGUUCUUGGCACAUGGAACUGAUAUGUAGGCAUUUCUGUUACGUCCUCCACGAGCCCUCCCACCCGUGCCAAGAUGAGGUUCCACUUAGUCGUCCCAAGAAAAAGAAGCCGAGAACGAAAACCAUGCUAGCAAGUGCUUCUUUGGAAGGUCUUGUUCAGACUGCUAUUCAUAGGCCAUCUGAGAGCAGCGAGCCACCAACUAAAGAACUCGCAGAGCACCCAGAAGCUCCUGUUCAGAGAAGACAGAAGACAAGGGUACCUCUUGAAUUGGAGACUGCCUUCACCCAGGAGACAUCUAGUCCAUCUUCAUUACGGAAUGAAAAUGGUAUCGAUGUGGAGCCAGCUGAGGAGCCCAUUAUUAAAAAACCUCGAAGGAAGACAAAGAAGGCCCGGCCAGCAGAAUUGCAGUAUGCCAAUGAGCUAGGAGUAGAAGAUGAAGACAUAAUUACUGAUGAGCACAGGAGUCCAGAACAACAGUCUGUAUUCACUGCGCCCACUGGCAUUAGCCAGCCUGUAGACAAAGUGUUUGUGGAAAAAAGCCGGCGAUUCCAGGCCACCGACCGUUCAGAGUUGAUAAAGACCACAGAGAACGCAGACGUGUCGAUGGACACGAAGCCCUCCUGGACGACCAGGGACGUCGCCCUCUCGGUGCACCGGGCUUUCAGGAUGGUGGGUCUGUUUUCUCAUGGCUUCUUGGCUGGCUGUGCUGUGUGGAAUAUUAUUGUGAUAUAUGUUCUAGCAGGACAUCAGCUUUCUAACCUCCCCAACCUUCUGCAACAAUACAAGACAUUAGCAUAUCCAUUCCAGAGUCUUCUCUACUUGCUUUUGGCUCUAAGUACAGUUUCAGCUUUUGACAGGAUUGACUUUGCCAAAACAUCAGUAGCAAUCCGAAAUUUUCUUUCCCUGGAUCCAACAGCUUUUGCAUCUUUCUUGUACUUCGCUGCUCUUAUACUAUCUCUGAGUCAGCAAAUGACAAGUGACAGAAUCCACCUUUACACACCUUCUUCUGUUAAUGGCAGCCUCUGGGCGGCAGGAAAUGAGGAGCAGGUUCUCCAGCCGUGGAUCCUGGUGAAUCUGGCAGUGACCAUUCUGGUUGGACUGUCUUGGCUUUUCUUGUCUUACAGGCCAGGCAUGGAUCUUAGCGAAGAGUUGAUGUUCUCCUCUGAGGUGGAAGAAUAUCCUGAUAAAGAUAAAGGAUAAGGCCUCUUCCUAAUGCCUCUCACCUUCAGAGGAAUAACGGCCCAGUGUUUAGAAUUCUUCCCAUCCUUGUUUUUAAAUGUAUUUUUAUAAGAUAUGCACAGGUGUAUUUGGAAUUGAUUUUUUUUGAUUAUGUAAUACUGAAAAAAUUCUCAAGAUUAUGGAAAUUGUUAAAAUUGUACCUGCGGUUUAUACCCAAACAUCAUCAGUUUAAUGACAAAGGAGGUCAUAAGCUAGAAACAAGUAAGUGAAAGUGCUUAUUUCCUGUUCUGUCGAAUUAGUGGCUUUUAUAAUCAUUAUCUUAAAGAGCACGAGUAACUUUACUGUUACAAAAGCUAUAUCAGGUUUAAACAUAAAUUUAGGGAAUAGGGAAGAAGGGAAAUAAAGACCUUCAUUAUUUAUUUUUGAUAUCUCCUUACUGCGUUCAUUGAAAUAUGAAAUUUGUCUUGUUUUUUAAAGUGACUUAGUGACUGUGUAUCAUGUAAUAAGUAUAAUGUAAUGUAAUUUAGCUUGAAAGAUGCUUGACUUCAUGGCUAAUAAAAAGAAAAUAUAUCCUUUUUGUUUGAAAAGUU